GACAAAUGCGUUACUCAAAACUGGACCUGGUUCAGUGUAGAUUCGAGUUCAGGUGCAUCCAUACAACUGAAGUCCCCACAGAUAGUCAUGAAAUUCUACUUGCCGAUUAUUAUCGGUUUGGCCUUGUGGACCAAUGAGGUUCACUCACAAGGUCUGGUUGACAAGAUCUUAGGUACUGUCGGUCUUGGAUCUGCCAAUAGCAAAUGCAGAGAGGCCGAAGCCAACCUUGCUCCCGGUCAAUGUGCCGUUUUGUUCACAGACGACGAUUGUCGAGGGGAUUCUUAUCCCAUUGGAGAGGUGGCUGGAAAUCUUCCCUUUACUUACCAAAACCGAUUCGAGUCUGUGUUAGUUCGACAGAAUUGUUCCUUUAUCGGUUGGGAUGAUUCAAUUGAUAAGAUUGGACAAAGUCUGUCCAGUUUGGUCUUUGGCAAGCGAACCAACGAGCACCGGAUCGAGUCUCUAGAUGACUCCGCGGUUGUAAUUGCUCCUCCCGGCCAGAAUUUGGCUAUUGACUUUGAUGACGUCAAUUCUAAUGACAAUUUGGAACAAGACAUUGAGUUUGUCGCGUGUGCAUGUGGCAAUGUUGGUCCUUGUCCCGCUGUUCCAAAGAAUUUGUGUGCCAUGUGCUAUGACGAGAACGGUUGCGAUCGCUCGGAUUGGGACAACUUCCUGGGCAUUCCCAUUACGAAUUUGUGGAGCUUGAGCAGAGGUGAUGGAGGCCGCAAUGGUAUCGAGUCCUGCGUCGUCCGCAAAGGUUGCAGUUUGACCAUCAUUGAUACGGAUGUUUGGGGUAAUGAUGGCCAAUUUACCUUCACCGCUCCCAAAGAUAGCGAUUACCAUUUCGACAUGAACGGCAAUCCCAACUCGAAGAUUGAUAAUCUGUCCAACGAUGGGGAGGACGUCAAGUGUCAAUGUCCAGGAGAGACCGAAAUGGCCAUUGAUACUUUGGAAUAAAUUUCAUACCAUAAAGAUCUGUUUCAAGCUAGGAUUGCGAAAUAAAUCCUAUAAACGUAAA